AAACAUAAUAAUUCCAAAAACAAUAUUUACGCACGUUGCAACAAGUCAUACUUAUGCUCGCCUUUGAAGCAUUUAACUGCUUACACAUACAUCUGCUUUUUAGUCACUUUUCUUUUGGAAAGUGAUGUACUAUGUGCUGGACUGGGCAUGAGUGUUUAUUACUUCUUCCUUACAUCUUUCUUUUGGAUGAAUGCCAUAGCAUUUGAUGUUUGGCGAUCAUUUAGAGUUGUGAUUCGCGAGUUAAGAAUAACCAGCAACAAAGUUCCGUGGAGAAGAUUUCUUUUGUACUCUUUGUACUGCUGGGCAAUCCCUGCUUUACUGACAGUCCUGGUUAAAGUGUUCGAUUCCACUAACAUCUUACCAGAAGAUUUGAGGCCAUCUUUUGGACACCAGUUUUGCUGGUUCGGGCAGCGCAAAGCCUUACUUCUGUUCUUCGAAGUUCCAUUAAUCAUUGUUAUGCUCUUAAACGGAGCAUUUUUCGCCGAUGUCAUCUUCGUUAUCAACCGAGCAACGAUUAAGUCUGGAUCGGCGCAGGAUGUUAACUUGCGAAGAAGUUUCGCCAUGUUUACGAGGUUGGCUUUAAUUAUGGGCUUAACUUGGGUGUUUGGUAUCGCAGCUGGAUUUUCUGAUAAUCCCUUUUUGUGGUACAUUUUCAUCGUCCUGAAUACUUUACAGGGGCUAUUCAUUUUUGGAGUAUUUUUGGGCAGCUCAAAAGUGCGUAGUUUUGGUACUAAGCAGAAUAGAAGUCGAAGGAGAUCUAAAACAAGCGUUAGAACAGUAUCUGCAGUUCUGUGAUAGGUUUAAAUUCAUGUAUCAGUGUAUUUACGUUUCAUACUCAGUCAAACACAGACUCUAAAUGUAUAGUACAAUUUAUAAUGUAAAUA